UGGACAAAAACCCUCCCGCCGAAUGUUCUGAUAUAAAUGACAGCUUUUUUUUUUCCUCUUACAUAUUAAGAGAAUUUUGCUUUUGUUAAAUAAAGUUAUACUUUCAAACAAAAUUAUUACCCACUAAGUUGAAAACCUAGUUUAACACAAACAAACAACAACAACAAAAAAAAAAACCUCGGUCGUACCAGUCUCUCCGUCUUUAUUUUGCACUACUUUUCUGUGUAGUGAUACAGUACUGCUUUUCGUGAAGUAAAUAAAUUCAGCGCGGACAAGGCGGUAACAAUUGGUGUUUCCAAUAUGAAAUGAGAUCCGUUUCCGCGAAAUAUUCCCCGGUCUGGUCAACUUUGGGCGGGGAGUUAGGCACUUGUCCCUCCGUAUAAAAGUCGGAGCGGGCUGAGUGCGCGCAGAAUCUCCGGAGCGCCGCGGAACAUCCCUGCAGUUUCCCGGCUUUUUAUCCUCCCUUCUGUUACCCAUCCACAUCGCAGUGCUCCCUGCACAUAGUCGGUGCUCCCAGGUUUGGAGAACGCCCUGCGGGCGUGUUAGCCUUUCCCCACCACCCCUCCCCCACUGUCACAAAAGCGCAGGACCCUUGGAAAAGCCAGGUGAGCGGGGCGGGCCGGACAGGGACGAGCGUGCUCCAGAGUCGGUCUUUGCUGGGGCCUCUCCGGGCCCUACAGACCCUUCCUCUUUCUUUAGGAGCUUGACCCCCACCCCCUCCUUUACCAUUAUUGCAAUCCCGGAAUUUAUAUGGGCGGGACUCGGGGGUCACCCCCAAUCACUUCCUUCUCGUUCUGGGCUGGAGAGAGGUUUAUCUUGACACGAAAAAGAAACUAACUUUUCCCCAAGUUGCGACUGCGCGGUUUCAGCCUGCCUUAUUUCAUUAAUGGCGAAUUUCUCAGCAAAAUCUCGUGCUAUUGCUGCCUUUCUGGGCUGGACCGGGAUUUUUCAGAGGCCUUGGGUCUUCAGACAAAAAGACUGACUCCAAGACCCUCGAGGUCUUGACAUGCAAAAAGAAAACUUUGUCUUAUCUGGUCUCUACAAUUAAAAGUUUAGAAUGUUGGAGUUAUGGUAGAGAAAGAACUAAAUUUUCCACAGGACUGUGCAUCUAAAAGAGAAGCAGACAUGUCUUUGAAUGAGAUGGAGAUGAAAACUGCCGAUCUGUUAGAGAAGGAGCAGAUAGACAGUGGAGGAUUUGGGAUGGUAUCCUUGUGUUUUCAUAGAAAUCAUGGGCUUGUCAUUCUGAAAAAUGUGUACACCGGACCCAAGCGCACUGAGUAUAAUGCUGCCCUACUUAAAGAAGGGGAGAUCAUGCACAGGCUGAAACAUAAUCGGGUAGUGAAGUUCCUAGGCUUUAUUUUGGAAGAUGGGAAUUAUUCUCUUGUAAUGGAAUAUAUGGAAAAGGGAAAUCUAAUGAAGGUGCUGAAGACAAUUAGUAUCCCCUUGUCUGUGAAAGGGAGAAUCAUUCUAGAGGUCAUUGAAGGAAUGUGCUACUUACACAAAGAAGGUGUAAUUCACAAAGACUUAAAGCCGGAAAACAUCCUUGUGGAUGAUGACUUUCAUGUUAAGAUAGCAGAUCUUGGUGUUGCCUCCUUUAAGACUUGGAGCAAACUGACUAAAGAGGAAAACAACAGGCAGAGGAAAAUAAAUACUGCUGCUAAGGGGAACGCUGGCCGCUUAAGUACCGCAGCUAAGGCAAAUGCUGGCACCCUGUUGUACAUGGCUCCAGAACACUUGAAUGAUGUCAACGCAAAGCCCACUGACAAGUCAGAUGUGUACAGCUUUGCCAUAGUGCUCUGGGCAAUUUUUGCAAACAAGGAACCAUAUGAAAAUGCUAUUUGUGAACGACAAAUAAUAACAUGCGUUGGAAAUGGAAACAGACCAAAUGUGGCAGAAAUUGCUGAAAAGUGUCCAAAGGAGAUUAUUAAUCUCAUGGUACGCUGCUGGAAUGGGAAUCCAGAAGAUCGACCAACCUUUAAUGAAAUUGACCAAGAAUUCAGACCUUUCUACCUUGAACAAUUUGAAAAAAAGGUAGAAGAAGAUGUAAAGAACUUAAAAGAAGCAUACCCUGCUCCAAAUGAAGUAGUAAAAAGGAUGCAGUCUCUCCAGAUUGAUUCAGUACCAGUGUCCCCAAGUAGAACAAAUUCAGAACAGCCCAAUUCACUCCAUAGCUCCCAGGAACUCAGGACUAGUUGUGUUGAUGAGUCCAUGUUUGCUCCCUGCCCUGACAACGAGCCUGUGGAGAGUGAGAUCUCUCCUGAAGCCCUCAUUCUAGAAAGCAAGCUACAGGAAGAGGCAAACUACCAUCUUUUUGGCAGCCGAAUGGAUAAGGGGACAAAUGACCACGUUAAAUAUCUUGCAGCUAAAAGAGAAGAAGAAAGGAGACGAAGAGUCUCCCAUGAUCCUUUCACAGUGGCACCUGUUCAACCUCAGAAGUAUGGGUUUCAUCAGAAUACUUUUAUUUCUGAGGGGGGCUCCUGUCCUCCCAAUGCAAACAGUCAUAGCAAUCUGUUACACCAUCCAGCAGAGUUAUCUACCCCAUUACAAGUACCAGGGUUGAAUAACCAUCAGAUUUUUGGAUCAAGGUCAACAGAUCCAAGAGCAAGCAAUAUGUAUGGACUAAACCUAAGCAGUGUAAUUCCCCCCUCUAAAAUACCUGUACCUGAGUCUACCACAGGAGCUAACAUGCCAACUCUUCCAUUUGAUAGAAUAGGUCAAAUAAGAGGCACAUCACCUAUGAGAAAGAAUUUCGCUUUUGUUCAUCCAAAUCCUGUACCUCCAACAGGCCUAGAAAACUACAAAUUCAUCAAUAGUACUGGCAUUCAGGUUGGAAACAACAAUUACAUGGUUUUUGAAGAAAGCAGUCUGCCUAUUGAAAUCACAUCUUCAAAUAUGCAACAAGAGCCAGAAUCCAAAUAUCUACAUAUAUUUGAAAAUACUUCUAGUCUGCUUGGUAAACAUCUGGACCCAAUAAGAGACAAUCUUGGAAAGAUUUGGAAAAAAUGCGCGCGGAAGUUGGGCUUCACUGAAUCUCAAAUUGAUGAAAUCGACCAUGACUAUGAUCGAGAUGGACUGAAAGAAAAGGUUUAUCAGAUGAUCCAAAAGUGGCUGAUGAGGGAAGGCAACAAGGGCGCCACUGUUGGAAAGCUAGCCAGAGCCCUCUAUGAGUGCCAGAGAAUAGACCUUCUUACCAUUUUGGAAUCUGUAAGCCAAGACUAGCUCGAUUGAGAUAAAUUAAAAGAAAUCAGUGCAAAUGCCCUUUUUAACAGUGCAAAAAAUUGUAAAGUAUGCUGUCUGAAUGACAGUUCUCUGAGGUCAUCUGAGCCCAACUGCAUUCAGGCUGUGCCGCAUCAUCCAUUACCACUGAGUUAGUCAGUGAUCCCAUCUUUCUACAGGGUAAGUACUAGCCAGCCAGCAGAAAAGGGCAGCUUGCAUGUGCAAUAAUCCUUAGCACUAAUUUCAUCUUCCUAUGAUGCUUUAAUAGGAAAGGAGCUGAUGUGGCACCAACCUCAUCUCAUUUGAAAUGUGUACCAAUCAAUUUUUCCUCUGAAAUUUUUUACUCCUGUCUAUAAAAGUAAUUUGAAUUCAGAAGUGGGGCCAACCUAUUCUACUGCCUUAAUAUGCUACAAUAAACUCCUUUUUUCUUA